AUGUUUGUAGGAGUUGGUGGGUAUUCAUAUCUCUUGGAGCCUCUAUGGUGGUUGGGCAUGGUCACAAUGAUUGUAGGAGAAGUUGCAAACUUUGUGGCGUAUGCGUUUGCCCCUGCGGUUCUUGUUACACCUCUUGGUGCAUUAAGUAUUAUUGUCAGUGCUGUAUUGGCUCACUUUAUAUUGAAGGAGAAGUUACAUCCGCUAGGGAUUUUGGGCUGCGUUAUGUGCAUUAUGGGAUCUGUCAUUAUUGUUAUCCAUGCGCCACAGGAGCGUCCUAUCACUUCUGUUCAAGAAAUAUGGAGUAUGGCAACUCAGCAAGCCUUUUUGCUCUACGUGGGAUCAGUUAUCAUGUUGGUCUUUAUUCUGGUCUUCUAUUUUGCACCUCAAUGCGGGCACACAAAUGUACUUGUUUUCACUGGCAUUUGUUCACUAAUGGGUUCUCUCUCGGUUAUGAGUGUCAAAGCCCUUGGAACUUCACUGAAAUUGACCUUUGAGGGAAAGAACCAGUUAAUCUAUCCAGAGACCUGGUUCUUUGUGCUUGUUGUGGCUACAUGUGUCAUCACUCAGAUGAAUUAUCUCAACAAGGCUCUUGACACAUUCAACACUGCAGUUGUUUCUCCUAUAUAUUAUGUCAUGUUCACAACGCUUACGAUCCUUGCUAGUGUGAUAAUGUUUAAGGAUUGGGUCGGCCAAAGUGUGGGAAAUAUUGUAUCAGAAAUAUGUGGCUUUGUCGUCGUGCUUUCUGCAACCAUCUUGUUGCAUGUAACCAAAGAUUUUGAGAGAAGUUCAUCGUCUAGAGGUAACUACACACCCUUAUCGCCUUCAUUAUCGGCCCGACUAUGUAGUGGAAAUGGGGAAUUACUGCAGCAUAAUGAGGAGGAUGAACAAUGUUCUCAGGAAGCUUGCUCGAGAAGGCAAGAACUAUACCCAUAG